UUAAAAAAAUGGAUAAACAUAAACUUUGAUCGAGUCGUCGUCUUUUUUAGCUCCUCUUGAUUAAUACACAUAUCACUUUCACUGUCACGUUAAAUACAAAUUUAUAAACCAAAACCCACUCUAUAUUUAUUCAUAAAUAAAAUAAAAAAAGCCCAUGAAUUCCCAUUCUUAUAAAUAGCCUCGUAAACUCAGUGCUUCUUUCCUAGCUAGCUAGGUAGACUCAAAUUGAGUCACACAAGUUUUAUUCAAGACCUAACUUUUUCUCUCUCUUUCUCUCCACGAUGGGUUGUUUAGGCUUUAGCAUAACACAAAGUAUUGAUGUAGUAGUAGUAGUUCUGGUAUUUCUAUUCCUCUCAGGGAGCGAAGCAAAGAAUGAGGAAGGUCAUGAGCAUUUCAACCGGUUAGUGACAGUGACACAACCCAAUACGACGACAACGAAGGGGUGUGAUUUGUCGGAGGGUAACUGGGUAUACGACCCGUCGUAUCCUCUGUACGACACCUUGAAAUGUCCCUUUGUAGAGAAGGAGUUCGAUUGUGUGCAGAACGGUCGACCUGACAAGCUCUACCUCAAGCUCAGAUGGCAGCCCUCUGCUUGCAGAUUACCAAGAUUCGACGGCCGAGAUUUCUUGUGGAGGUUCAGAGGAAAAAGCAUAAUGUUUGUGGGGGACUCGUUGAGUUUAAACCAAUGGCAAUCUCUUACUUGCAUGCUUCACGCAGCUAACCCACUCGUCCAAUACAAAUUGGUUAGGGUUGGAGACCUCUCUGUAUUUUCAUUUCCGGCAUACAAUGUGAAGGUAAUGUUCUCUAGGAAUGCAUUUCUAGUUGAUAUUGUAGGCACAAGUGUGGGACGAGUUCUUGAACUCAACUCAGUUCGAGGUGCAACACUGUGGAAGAACGUCGACGUUUUGAUCUUCAACACCUGGCACUGGUGGCUUCACACUGGCAGAAAACAGCCAUGGGAUUUCAUUCAAGAUGGGCAAAUUUUAUUAAAGGACAUGGACCGAUUGGUUGCGUACGAGAAAGCUUUGAACACAUGGGCUAAUUGGAUCGACACCAACGUUGAUCCAACAAAAACUAGAGUCUUCUUUCAGGGCAUUUCCCCCGACCAUAAUAAUGCAACCGAAUGGGGAGAUAUGAGUGGAAGGAGCUGUGCUGGACAAGCAAAAGCACUAGAUGGGUUGAGCUACAGAGCUGGGCCACACCCGGCAGAACUGGUGGUAGAGAAAGUGGUUCGCUCCAUUUCAAAGCCUGUGUCUUUGCUUAACGUUACAGCGCUGUCACAGCUAAGAAAGGACGGUCACCCCUCCUUCUACGGCCACGGCGGCCACCGUGACAUGGACUGCAGUCAUUGGUGUCUCGCCGGAGUUCCUGAUACUUGGAAUCUUAUCUUAUAUGCUGCUCUUAUACAAACUUAAUCAAUUAUAAAGCACAAAAUUGCUACAUUAAUUAGUUAAUUAAUCUGUGUGUUGAUUCUACCAAAUAUAUUAUUAAUAAUAUAUAACUACCAAAAAAAAAAAAAGGAAAAAAAGGUAGUAUAUAUAUACAUGUAUGUACUAGCAAUUCUUAUGUUGAUUGGCUAAUAAUAAAUUAGUAGUAUAUAUCAA